CUUUUGCACACCACAGAGUUCAUGACUCGCUUUGUGCUUUUGGCAAAACAACUCUAUCCCAUGACUAAGCAGGAAGCAGGGAAAACCGGGGAUAUGUCCAAGUCACUCUCUUCCUCAGCAUCACCCUCUGCCAGAGGAAGGCUACAGGGUCUCGAGGACUGCUACGGUUAUUCUACGUGCAACUGGCCCCCGCCCUACAACCGCCACUGCCAAUGGACUUGGCCUAAUGGAACCUGCACCCUGAGCCAGCCGCCAGCCUGCCCGGUCGUUGCCCAGCCGCCCGGGCCGUUACCCAGCAUCUCGCUGUUUUGGUCAACUUCGGUUCUACCACCUCAACACUGCCACACUGAGGUUCAUGCUUCCAGCUUAAGACCCUUUGGAGGACAAACCACAUCCACAACGUCACACACUCCAACAGAGCCAACAUGGACAGAGCACGAUACCCAGUGUGCAACAGAUGCAGAUGGCUGGUGGGCCGUGGGGAGUGGGCCUUUGCCCUUGUCACCGGCCCCCUCUUCCUUCUGACCCUCUGGAGCCUGGUUCGAUUGAACACCUCGGACCCAGGCAUUUUACAUCGAGGCUCCAUGGAGCAGGACCCGGAAGCAGGACACACGGCCUGGAUGCACAGCCAUGCAUACCAGAUGCCGUGGUGUCACCAGUGCAAUUUCCAUCGCCCACCUCGCACCCUCCACUGCAAGACUUGCAACAUCUGCGUGGAGGAGUUUGACCAUCACUCGAGGUGGGUCAACAACUGCAUUGGGCAUCGGAACUUCCGGCUGUUCCUGCUCCUCCUGGUGUCCCUGUGUCUCUACCUGGUUGCUCUGAUAGUGACCUGCGUCAUCUUCGUGGUGCGCACCACUGACAUGUCACUAUCCUUGGACAAAAUUGUGGCCAUCAUCGUGGCUGUAUUGGCCACUGGCGCCCUGCUGCCUGUCAUCUUCGAGCUACUGGUCCAGGCUGUAGCCGUGAGCACUGCCAGGCGCCUCUACGAGGUCCAGGAGAACAACCCAUUCGACCAGGGUUGUAUGAGAAACUGGCAUGUCACCCUGUGCGCACCACUGGGGCCCAAGUACAUGUCAGAAGUUGUGUUGCUCCAGCAAGACUCGGGGUCCAAGUGGGAGCCCAUGGCGGCCCUGCAGCCACCAACAUUCUCCCCAGCACUCCAUCGCCCACACCUCCCUGGGCCCAACUCUCAACCUGUGUCUUUUGACACAUCUUAUGAAGGAGCACCAGGGAGUGCAGUCAUCUAGCCCAGUGCUGCAGUGGAAGGUCCACAGGGAGACUUGGUCUCCAAUUCACCCCCUCCCUGUGAUGCCUGGAUAUGGACAUGCUGCCAGGAUGUGAGCCCCACAUCAGGCCUCUGAGGCCUGAGCCCUGACUCCCCUGUUGGGAGCACCCUGACCCCAUGA